AUGUAUCAAUACAUCAGUAAUGACCCAAAAUCAUCAAGCAAUGUUAAUGGCAAUGUACAAAGGCCAAGCAUAUUAAUGAAUGGGAAAAAACAGAACCCAUAUGAGAAAGGAUUCAUGUUUGGAGCAGCUGAAUCUGAACUCAUCCAAAGUGGGUUGAUCGGAGCUUAUGGCGAAAAGAUUAUGGAAUCAGGUUCUAAAUAUGUUCAAAGCAAUAUGAGUAGAUAUUUCUCGGAUCCGCAAUAUUAUUUCCAAGUGAAUGAUGAUUAUGUCGUGAACAAGUUGAAAGUUAUCUUGUUUCCAUUUACCCACAAGGGACAAUGGACUAGGAUAACUGAACCAGUUCAUGUUAACCAGGGAAAACUAUCCUACAAACCUCCAAUUUAUGAUAUAAAUGCACCUGAUCUGUACAUUCCAUUGAUGGCCUUCGUUACCUAUGUAUUUCUCUCUGGACUCCUGCUGGGUCUUCUUGGGAGGUUCAGUCCAGAAGCUCUACAUAGACAGUUCACAAAGGGAUUGCUUGGUUGGAUUCUACAAGUGCUGCUUCUUAAAGGAAUAUUACACUCGUUAGGGAAUGACGAAACGCCAUUGCUGGAUAUUGUUUCCUACUCUGGAUAUGCUUUUGCUGGUGUUGUGAUAUCCGUGGCCGGCAGAAUAAUUUUGCUGGGGAAUCCUAGUUACUACUACUACACUGUAAUAGGAUGGGAAUGCUUGUGCAUGGCUGUGUUUCUGGUUAAAAUCAUGAAAAGGGUAGUUUUUACUGAAGGAUCUUGUAGAUACAAAUUGUACUCCACCAAGAGACACUAUCUUUUGCUUUUGGUUGCUGUUGCUCAGAUCCCAUUACUAUUUUGGCUAUGCAACAUUUAUUAA